AUGACAGCUCCCAAGGCUGCCGCCCUUCCUUCAGCCUUGAGAGAGCAUGAGUGUGGGAGUCAGCCUGCCCUGCCUGAUGAAGAUGUUUGCGAUUCAACUGAAGCUGGCCUCAUUAACGCUUUCGGCUCUUUACCAAGAAAAGAACAAGCGAACAAGGGACUGUCUGAUUAUGACCCGCCAAAAAACAGCAGUCCAGAUCCUUUUGAGUCAAUAGGGGAACUUCGACUCUGGGCAGGGUGCCAAGAACGUUAUCUCGUUCGGGGCUUACAAAAUGCUUCCUCCCCUUUUGCCCAGGCAACAGAUCCUACCUAUCUCUGUCAGGGUCAUCUUUCUUACCCUCGACAAAUUGUGCGUGGAUUUUCGUCCCAUGUUGUGCUGCUUUCCUUGAUUUCAGGUACCGUUUCGUGUUGGCUGUCAGGUUGUGAAGGUGAACCAAGCAGGCACGCUGAUGUUGAACGGCAGAGGAGCAGCUCCCCGGCAUAUCGGGAAGGCGGCGUUGCGGAAAUCGGCAUCCCCAGAAGGCCUCAUAAAAGAAGAGAAAGGAGACAGCGUUUUGUGUGUGAGAAAACUUUCAGCUAUAAAUCGAGUCUCAAAGCUCACUGGAAACUCCACACUGGGGAGAAACCCUUUCAGUGCCCUGAGUGCCGAAAGAGCUUCAGCCAAAGCACGUACCUUGUUUACCAUCAGAGGAUCCACACCGGAGAGAGGCCGUACCAGUGUUCGGACUGCGGGAAGAGCUUCGGCGUGAGCAAAUACCUCUCUUCUCAUCAGACGAUUCACACCGGGGAGAAGCCGUUCAAGUGCUCUGAGUGCGGGAAGGGCUUCCAUCAGAAUUCGGACCUUUCCACUCACCAGCGCACUCACACCAGGGAGAAGCCGUACCGGUGCCUGGAAUGCGGGAAGAGCUUCAGCCAAAGUUCCAGCUUCAACAAACAUCAGAGGAUUCAUACCGGGGAGAAACCGUACACCUGCCCAGAAUGCGGAAAGAGCUUUGUGGCUAGUGUGUACCUCACAUCCCACCAAUGCAUCCACACCGGCGAGAGGCCGUACACCUGUGUGUUGUGCGGAAAGGGCUUCACCAAGAGCCCCCACCUGAUUUUCCAUCGAAGUAUUCACACGGGAGAGAAGCUGUACCGAUGCCCAGAAUGCAGGAAGAGCUUCAAGCAGAAGGCGAACCUCACUUCCCACCAGAGAAUUCACACUGGGGAGAAGCCCUACUAGUGCUCGGAGUGUGGGAAAAGCUUCACGCUGAAAGGCAACCUCACCACCCACCGACGAACUCACACCGGGGAAAAAACCUACAAAUGCUUGGAAUGUGGCAAAUGCUUCAGCCACUGCACUAGCCUCAAUUCUCACCAGACCACUCACACCCGAGUGAAUCCCUACAAGUGUUUGGAGUGUGGGAAGAACUUCAGCACCAGGAAAUACCUCUCUUACCAUCAGAGAAUCCACACAGGAGAGACUCUCUUUAAAUGCUCAGAGUGUGGGAAGAGCUUCUGUGUGAGCACCAGCCUGACUUUACAUUGGAGGAUCCACACAGGGGAGAAGCCAUACAAGUGCUUGGAGUGUGGCAGGACCUCCACUCAGAGCUCCAGCCUUACUAGCCAUCAGAGGAGUCAUCGAGGAGAAACCGGAGAUGUGCAAGGGGGUUACAGCGAACUCCAUUUGCAAUACAACCCACGUUUUGAAGUGGACUGCAGUGAGCAUGCCGAUUGUUAAAUAUGAUGUCUGAGUACAACCCGACCAUCACAGCAAAGGAGUCCUUUGCUAGGGAGAAGCCACAGAAAUGUCUUCUCAAGGUCCGCGUAGCUGGCAACCUCGAGGAGCAACAACCACACAGAUUUUUGGAAAGCAUCUUUAUUAAUGCUGGUCAGGGGAACAGCAUAAUCUUGCAAAUUGUAAAAGUUCCCAGGUAGACUUACAGCAACAUUAAUUAAGGCAAAUUAAGGCAAAAUUUCUUUGAAACGUUUCCUGCCCACGGCCCCGUCUGCGCUGCCUCUUCCUCCACCAGCUGGACUCCUCUGCCUGUUCCCACAGUCUUUCAUGCAUCCAUAAUGUGGAAACAGGUUUGUUUAGAUACUCAAAGUAUUCCGAAGGGGUGAAAGAUUAAGAUAGCCCUUUUUUGGGAGCGGGGAGGUGAAUGCUGAUAAUAGGCUGAGACGUAUCUUAAAGCACUUUAUAAAAAAGCAGGGUGUCAAUAUUAAUAUUUUUUUUCCUGUCAGAAGCACCUACCAAGUAUUGAAUAACAAUUCUAAAUAUUCAAUUCUAAAUUGAGUAACAGUGAACAGGCAGCCUGACUCGAGGGUGGUUGGUUACUCUCUGGAUGAAAGGUGGGAUCCAGUGUCCUG